AUGUCAUCUCCUAAUACUGAGCAAGAUGCUGCUGUAUUAAGCGGCGACGAACAGGAAUUAUCCAAGGAAGAAAGAUUGGAAGCAGCUCGUAAGAAAUUCGAGGAAUUGAAGAAGAAGAAAAAGAAGUCCAAGAAGAAAUCAAAGAAGGGAAAGGAAGAUAAGGAAGAAGAUACGGCGGAAAAUGAUGAAACCGAUAGCAAGGAUGUCACAAAUGAUACUCAGACUGAUAGUGAAACUAAAAAAGUAGAUGGUGACGAAUCGAAGAAAGAAGAUAAGAAACAAGACGAGGAAGCUGCUAGUAAAGAGCCAGAGAAAUCUGAAGAGAACAAGCUGGAUACUGCAAAAGAUGAGAGCAAAGUUGAAGAUGUUGCGAAAGAGGAUGCGAAUAGUGAACUAAAAACAGCAGAUGAUGUGAAAGUUGAACUGAAAGAUGAUACGAACGAUGAGCUGACAGCUAAUGACGCUCAGGAAAGUGAACUGAAAGUGGAAAGCGUGAAGGAUAGUCAAGAAAUCGAAGAUUCCAAAGAAGAUCCUGUAGCCAAUAAAGAUACGGAUAGUAGUAAAAAGGAGACAAGUACAGAAGAAGUGCAAGAUGAAGCCGUUGAUAUCGGUACUGAAGCUCCAAGUAAUGAUAAAAAAGAAAAUGGAAAUGAUGAAAAGACAAAGAUUAAGAAUGAAGCAGAAGAAGCACAAUUGACUGAUGAUAGGAUAGAUCUGGUGGCUAGCGUUGCUGGAGACGAUGAAAUUGCUUCAUUAAAAGAUACAAUCGAACAACAAAAAUCAACCAUUAAGAAGUUGAGAGAUGAAAACACGGAUCUAAAAUUGUCACGUAUGGAUUUGCAAGAUAGAAUUGUCGAAUUAGAAAGCCAAUUAAAAAAUGCUCCCCAGUCUACAUCGACGUCCGAAGUCACAAAAGGCUCUCCACAGAAACAACAAAUCAAGCCUGCAAAGCCUGUUUUCACUCAAAACGACUAUGCUUCAGUAUCUCAACAAAACUUCGCUAGCUUCUCGCACACUGACGACUUCAGAGAGAAACUCAUGGUGUGGAAAGGCUGGCAAGUGGAUAUGAGACUUUGGAAUGCGACCAAUAACACUCAAAAAAUAUCCCUCUAA